GAGCAUCAGGCAUCUAAUCUCUUCCCUAAAAAAGGGAAAGAAAAGUAUGCAAGCAAUGGCAGCUAGCAUCGGAGCUUAUUAACACCGGCUUAUAUAUUAUUGUCCUAAAAAAAGAAGCGGACUAGGAGUAGCUAGCUGCAAAGCAGCUCGAUCAGCAAACGAUGGGGGCUCGUCGGCGUCUCCUGCUGCGCCUUCUUCGCCUUGUGGUAUGUGUGCAGGCGGCGGCGCUCGUCGGCACCAUCGCCGCCGCCGCCCGGCCGCCGGCGAUGUAUGUGUUCGGGUCCUCGAUACUGGACGUCGGCAACAACAACCACCUGCCGGGGGCGGCCGUCGGCAGGGCCAACAUGCCGUACAACGGCAUCGACUUCCCGGGGUCCAUCCCCACCGGGAGGUUCAGCAACGGCUACAACAUCGCCGACUACGUCGCAAAGAACAUGGGAUUCGCGUGUAGCCCUCCCGCCUACCUGUCGCUGGCCUCCUCCGGCGACCUGACCACCACCGCGCUCAGCAGUGGCAUCAGCUACGCUUCCGGAGGAGCAGGGAUCCUCGACUCCACCAACGCCGGAAACACGAUCCCGCUGUCGAAGCAGGUGGAGUACUUCGGCGCCACCAAGGCAAAGAUGGUCGCCGCGGUGGGCCUCCGUGCGGCGAGCGCCCAGCUCUCCAGGUCCAUCUUCCUCGUAGGCAUCGGCAACAACGACAUGUUCGUCUCCGCGAUGGCGGCGCGGGCGCAGAACAGGUCGGCUGCGGACCGAACGAAUGCCGCCGCGCUCUACGUCAACCUCAUCGCCAACUACUCCGCCACCGUUGAGGAGCUCUACUCGAUGGGCGCCAGGAAGUUCGCCUUGGUCAACGUCGGGCUAUUGGGGUGCACGCCGGCGGCGCGGGUGCUCGGCCCGGCGGGCCCCGCCUGCUGGGAGGACCUCAACCGCCUCGCCGCCGGCUUCAACGGCGCCCUCCGGCCCCGGCUCGCCGGCCUCGCCCCGAGGCUCCCCGGCCUCGUCUACUCCCUCGCCGACUCCUUCGGCUUCACGCGGGACGUCCUGGCCGACCCGCGGGCGUCGGGGUACGCCGACGACGUCGCCGGCGCGUGCUGCGGGAGCGGUCGGCUGGCCGCGGAGGCGGCGUGCUCCCCCAACGCCACCACGCUCUGCGCCGACCGCGACCGGCUUGUCUACUGGGACGUCGUGCACCUGACCCAGCGGACCGCUUCUCUCGUCGCCCGGGCAUUCUACGAUGGGCCGGCCAAAUACACCACACCCAUCAACUUCAUGCAACUGGCCCGAUCCAGUUAGGCAAAAAUAGUCAUUUUAAUCUCUCAACUGUCAAUUUUUAAAUUGAUCAAUAUAAUCCCUCAACUUUCACUUUAGGGUCAUACCUGUCCUUACGCUAAUAUUAUAAUCUAUAAUAACAUAAAAUAAAUGCAAAAAAUCUUCCCUUCUUAAAUUUCGCUCUUCAUGAGCCCGCAAUACAAUGCAUGUAUGAAUAAAUAAAUUUCUAUGCUCCAAAAUUAAUACUUGUGAUGUUCAACUCCUAAACGCAUUGAUGCUCAUACCACUACACUGAUUUGCUUGAAUUUUCUAAAUAUUUUUAAGUAAUAAUAAACUGUUGAAGAAUUUAGAAGGGACAAGAGUAAAGAUGACUUUUUCCAUAAAUUUAAUGUUAUUAUGGAGUAUAAUAUAGCACAAGGGUGAGUUUGACCAGAAAAUAAAAAUUGAGGGACUAUGUUGACCUAUCUGAAACAAAAGGAUGAACUUAACCCUCAAAUAAAA